UUCAGUGAAGACCUUGAACGAAACAGUUAUCUGACUUAUCCACUACAAACCUCUCUUUAUAUCUUCUACCUUAGAACUGGAAACUUCUUUUUUUUGUACAUUCUUUUUUUUUUUACCUGUUGAUUUUCGAGUCAUUAUUUAUUUCGUGUAUGUGAGUGUCUGAGUGAACGUGAGAGCGACUCAGACAUGGCUGAGGUACCGCCACCACAGCCGGUCGAAAUAGACCCAGAAUUUGAGCCUCUCUCUCGGCCGCGGUCCUGCACCUGGCCACUGCCCCGGCCGGAGCUCAGCGACCCGGCCAGCUCCAACACGUCGUCCCCGGCUCCGUCGGUGCAGCAGGAGCCGGGAGGAAACACCGAGUUCAUCAGUAACCUCGGCUUGUUAGAGGAGGACUACGAGGAGUAUGCAGAGCAGAAACCGCACAUGCCCUGCAAUGAUUUUCGGUGUCGGGAGAGAAACUGUGUGCAUCCACAUCACCACCACCAUCCUCCUCCUCCUCCUCCUCCUCAUCCUCAGCAGCAGCUCCCCGGCCCGCAGCUGCCGCCGCAGCAACAGGUGCCUCCUCCGGGUGUCGCACCCCUGGGCAGCUCCGGCCAGAGGAAGAGCAGCUCGUCCCGGCGCAACGCCUGGGGCAACAUGUCGUACGCCGACCUGAUCACCAAAGCGAUAGACAGCUCCCCCGAGAAGAGACUGACACUGUCUCAGAUUUACGACUGGAUGGUGAAGAAUGUGCCUUACUUCAAGGAUAAAGGAGACAGCAACAGCUCCGCGGGCUGGAAGAACUCCAUCAGACACAACCUUUCCUUGCACAGCCGCUUUGUGCGCAUCGAAAACGAGGGAACGGGGAAAAGCUCCUGGUGGAUGCUGAACCCGGAGGGGGGAAAGAGCGGAAAGUCACCUCGACGCAGAGCUGCCUCCAUGGACAACAACAGUAAGUUCACCAAGAGCAGAGGAAGGGCCACAAAGAAAAAGAUGUCUCUACAGGAAGCAGCUGAGGGAGGUGCAGGCAGCCCCGGCUCCCAGUACUCUAACUGGCUGGGAAGCCCAAACUCCCACAGUAACGAGGACUUUGAAGCCUGGAGCUCCUUCAGGACGCGCACCAGCUCUGAUGCCAGCACGCUGAGCGGCUGCCAUUCACCUUUUCCUCCUGAACAGGAUGACCUCGGGGACUCUGAUAGCCACAUGAUGUACCCUGGGCCAGCGGGGAGCAAGAUAAGCUCCACCCUGCCCAGCCUUUCCGAGGUCGCUGGAUCCAUGGGCCAACAUGGCUCCGAGAGCGCCAUGGAGAGCCUGCUGGACAACCUGAGCGUGAUGUCUCCUAAAGCCCAGCUAGGGUCUGACUCCUCACAUUCAUCAAAUGCUGCCAUGCUUCAGAGUCCCUACAGCUCCACUGGCUUGACUCCGCACCCACAGAAGGACUACCGUAAGUGCAUGUACAGCCAGGUGAGGAUGAACUCCCUGUCUCCUGCUCCCAUGCAGACGCGAACAGAGACAAAGCCGGGCUUUAGGGCUUAUGAGAACCAGUAUAUUUGUCCUGCUGGCCUCCUCAAAGAGCUGCUGACCUCAGAUGCAGAAGCCAGUAGAGAUGCACAGCUGUCUCAAGUGGGGAGGGGAGGUUGUCUAAUGCCUAAUUACAGCCGUCAGAGCCACAUGGGCUGUCAUAAUGGAGGAAAAAUGAUGACUCCUCCUCAAAGUCUUCUCGUUCCUCAUGUAAAUCCACAAGAUAUACACAGCCAGGGUCCUUCAACCUCACACGAUUUGAGCAGCUGUAACAUGAUCCCCCUGAGGAGCCUUUCAGGGGCCCCUCCUCGAAUGACCAGCCUGAGGACAUCCGUGCAGUUCCCGCGUGGACACCCAACACACAAUAGCGCUGUUUCAGCGAGCUACGGCAGCAACAGCGGCUACAGGGAACUCAACUUUAUUCACCCACACAGUCACCACCAGGAGCGGCUGCCCAGUGACCUGGACAACGUGUCCAUUGAGAGGUUUGAAUGUGACAUGGAGACUGUCCUCCAUGACACCCUCAUGGAUGGCGGCGCACUGGACUUUAACUUUGACCCCACAGCUGGUCCUCAUGGGUUCCCCCAGAGGGUGAAGACCACCACACAUAGCUGGGUGUCAGGCUAGGACGCAUGGUGGAUCACAACAGGUUUUUCUCAGCGUCCCGCCGCCGCUCACCUUCACCCAGAAACUGGGAAAUGUAAAUCAGCCACCGCCGUCACGUUCCGCAGAGCAUCUGGCAAAAUCUAAUUAAAAACUGUUUUACUUGUUUGGGUUGCAGCUCCAUGUAUAACAAUACAUCUUACUACUUUAUAUUUAAUAGAGUAAACUAAUGAAGUGUAUCAUUUAGAUCGAGAUACUGAAAUAAGACACAUUAGAGGAAAUGGUUUAAGUCAUAACUGCAUUAAACGUAAACUCUGCAAAGAGAAAAUGAAUGAGAGACAAGUCAGCAUCUGCAAACUCGCCUUGUUUUUAAUUACCUGUCCAAAACUGGAAACAUGUAUAUAUUUUUUUAUUAUUGCUGAUUUGUGUUUAUAUAAACAUAUACAUUACAAUAUAUUACAUAAGACAAAACCUAAAAGAGUGCCUUGCAGAAUUCAUUUCUCAAAAUGUAUGAUUUGUGGCCAGUUCGACAUUAGACCAACACACACAAUCACCUUUUGAUUUGGGAAUGAACUUUGCAGCAGCCAGUCGGCCCAGCUGAGCAUACGAGUGGGACCUGAAAUUGCAGUAAGGACACAACACAGUUGUAGCUAUUUAGGGUGUGACCACACGCACACACGCACACACACACACACACACACACACACACACACACACACACACACACACACACACACACACACACACACACACACACACACACACACGAGGUUUUAAAAUCAGUUCUUAACUAGUAAUCACCCAGUGAAAUUAGCCACUUUUGGGGUAAUUUGGAGCCAACAGAUCAGGAUGUAUUCAGCUGAACCAUUAAACAGUGUUUAUUUUGUAUCGGUGCUUAAAAUGUCCUGUAUCAAGUCUAAAAUGGAACACAUAUAUUUAAAGGAGAAGUUGAUAUUACAUUAUAAUCAAGCAAAAGCCUGCUAAAUAUGUUCUAUAUAGUCUGAUUAGGGAGUUUUUGAGGGUUGAAUGAAAAGCCCAUAAUGGUAGAUAAGUGUUAACCUAGUGAGGUCAGUGUAUCAUCUGCAUAUUGAAAGAUGUUAUCAUCUUUAUUGUGUGUGUGUGUGUGUGUGUGUGUGUGUGUGUGUGUUGCCAAGGCUGAACUUGUAUACUUCUGGCCCCAUCAGCUUAAACCUGUUGGUGCUCAUUUGACCGUAUGCUCCAGGACCUUGGAGGUCUGCACUCUACCAAGUGUACUUUCAUAGCUAAGAUGGUGAGCUAACAUGACCCAGAGACAAUAUUUCGGUGACUGAGAACAGGACAUGUCCAGGAAUAGACAACAUCACAUAGCAUACUAAGAAACAAACACCAAUAAAUCCAGAACAUCCACGGAUUAAAUGUUUAUUCACAGAUAUCUCGGUACAGUGCUAUCAAAUUCAACUCUAAUCGAAUAUCAGCCAUAUCUCCCACCGUUAGAUUUCAUUAGAGAUCGUGAGACAAGCUGCAUCUCUGACUGAAGUUCAUUUUCAUUCAUAUAUUAUAUGAAGGUAUUUAUUUAUAUUUUUGUUUUAAUUGUAGCUUAUAAUUGGAUUCUUGCUUUGUACUUUGCUUGUACAACAAUGUGUGCCAAUGCUGUGUGCAAUGUAUAUACCGUUACAUGAUAUGCUGUAUUUGUUUUGAUACGUCAAACUAACAUUUAAUUUACUUCUUCGUAAAUUAAAGAUUAGAGAUGUCGCCUUCUAAAAACUGUUCACUGAAAGUCCAAACCAAUAUCCUUUACUGUAGAUAAGUUUGAAUGCUCCCUUUUACAUUAAUAGUGUUUACAUGCAGUUUAGAAAACGUGGCUGUUAAGAAUAAUCCUAAACAUCUUAGUUUGUCUUUUGGGACUCAAUGUUGCCAUCAGGGGACAUCUUCCCAACUCACGUUAACGUCUUUUACAUUAGGACAUUCUGCUACACUGGAAGUUAUGAAAAACUGAAAAAAAAGCACGGUGAUCAGGUUGAAACCAUUUUGUAGAAUUUUUAGAUUUUCACCUCAGUGAAGAUGAAUGAUAUAGUGGGAGAAUUAGCAGAUAGACAUCCCUAAGUUGACUGGAAAUGGAUGAUGGCUUUUAAAGUUUCGCUGACACAGCACAUGAUUUGAUGCUGUUUACCUCCCAGCAGCUGUUUUUAUGCACCAAAGAGUUUCUACUAUGCCUCACACAAUAAAGAGUUCUCACAGACUUAUAAUAAUGAAAUUAUUAUUUUCCUUUGUCGUACAUUUUUGUAUAUGAGUGGUUUAAAUGACUUAUUCUUGAAGUAUUAUACUGUAUGUAUGAUUGUGUCAGAAAUGGUUGUUUACAUAUAUGAGUCCAAACCAUAUCAAUAAAUAUAUGAACACUCAUACCUCGAAAUAUUCUACCACUGAAGUGUUAAAGGGACUUCUCCUGCCAUUCUCCUCUGUAAGUAAUGUAUUGAAUUUGUCUUAAUUUUUGACAAUUUGUUUUGUAAAUACUUUUUGUUUUGUUUUUAUGUAUUUGAAAGAUACUGUUUAAACCUAUUGGGAGUUAUGCACCAUCUGCCUUGAUAUUUCUAAUGUGUUGGAGGAUUAUAGCCAUUAUUUUCGAGUAAAUAUUUUAAAUAUUUUGUCAUAAAGUAAGUAAUUUUAAAUCAGAAUAUGUGUUUGUGUGAAAUUAUAUAUUUUUAAAGGUUCUUUAAAAACAUGAAUUCAUCUGUUGAGACAAAACUCAAGGAAAGGAAUUCAGUAAACAGAAUAUAGUUAUAUUUCAUAAUAAUGCGUAUACGUCUGCAAUUGUGAAAGCUUAUCAGAAAUAAAUGUUUGACGGGAGAAUUUUUAUCAUCGGCCAAAAUGCUACCUUGAACAAAUGAGAUUCAUGAUUUAAUAAAGAGAGUGCAUUGCAUUUGUAUAUGUAAUAUUGGACAUUAAAGAAAUGAUGAAACCCAA